UUAGUAGGAUAAAGCGAUGGGCCCUUUUGACCUAUCCGGUCUGGGUUCUUCCAUUACAGACCAAACAUAGAAUCUUCUUACAUUAACUUUUGGUACCUAAAAACAGGGACAGGUGCAUAAACUGGUAGCUUUGGGACAAGACAAUCGUUCUUCAACAUUUCUUGGCAUUCAAAGCUGCACUAAGAGCCGAUUCAUACCAGUAAAUCCAAGUGUCACUUUAUGCUGGUUGAUUAUAUGUAAACCCAUUACAUGCGAGAAGAGAAAUGACAAGCCGCUUCUGUAAUAUAGUUUUGCAAGCACCAGCCACCUCAUUGCAUUUUUAUAUCUCAACCAAGCCUGCAAAAUUCCAUUAUUCUACUAUUUCUGCAUCCAGGUCAAAUUAUCUCUCAUCAUCAAUAAACUUUGAGGAAUCCCAAAAAAGAUGUGUUUGGUCUACUAAAUCCAAGCUGAAGAACAGCUGCGGCUCGUUAACGCUUAAAACUGCAGUGAGUCCCAGAUAUACUUGGAAGGUGUGCUGUGAUAUUUCUUCUCGGUCCCAAAAUGUGAAUAUGAGGCUUUCCUUGCCCACUCCGUCAAAUUUGAGGCGUAAUUCUAGGCAGCGACAUCAUACAUCUGCUGGUUUAUUUAUUGGAUUUUUGGUCUGCUGCUCUGCGUCUGAACCAGUACAUGCUGAAGCAUCAGGAGAAAGUAAGGGAAAUUCCUCAACCACUGGCUGUUCACAUGGAAAGAAGGUCUAUACUGACUACUCUGUAAUUGGUAUACCUGGAGAUGGAAGAUGUUUAUUUCGUUCUGUUGCUCAUGGUGCUUGUUUGAGCUCAGGGAAGCCCCUACCUGAUGAGAACCUACAGAGGCAAUUAGCGGAUGAAUUAAGGGCCAGAGUGGCAGAUGAAUUUAUAAAGAGGCGAGAAGAGACAGAAUGGUUCAUCGAAGGUGAAUUUAACACAUAUGUUGCCCAAAUAAGGAAUUGUCAUGUGUGGGGAGGUGAACCAGAGCUUUUGAUGGCUUCUCAUGUUCUCCAGAUGCCAAUCAAUGUUUACAUGUAUGACAAGGACGCUUGUGGCCUGAUUUCUAUUGCUGAAUACGGGCAAGAAUAUGGCAAGGACAAUCCUAUUAAGGUUCUGUAUUACGGCUUUGGUCAUUAUGAUGCAUUGCACAUUCCCGGGAAGAAAGGACCAAGAUCAAAACUUUAAACUGCAAGAAACAAUGCACGGGCUUUUGAGAUUAUGUAUUAUGUAGAAUCUAACAAGUAGAUUGAAUGUGAAUAGUCAAGAGAUGGGUUCUGAAUCAUGUAUUCUCUACCAUAUUUCCUCUUAAUUGAUCUGUUAAGUCGAGUUCUGAAGUAUUUGUUUGAUAAUGAAUGCA